UACCACUCUAAAAAGGCUCGUGUUCUGACAUUAAGUCAAGUAAACAAAUUUCUUAAUGAUUCUGAUGAUUUGAAUAAUCUAGCGAAUAAAGUUAUCUUGACAUUUGGAGUCUUGGGCGCACUCAGAACCAGUGAAAUAUGUAAUCUGAAUAUUCAGGAUGUUGAAGACACUGGAAGUCAAAUGAUAGCUACAAUCAACGACAACAAAAAUUGCUACCCUCUUCCAUCUGCUACUAUCACCAACAAAGCUCCAUCUACCUCCACUGCCAAUCAAAACAAUCCAAAAACAAAUUUGAAUGAUGAUGAUGUGCCCGUAGAAAAUUUCUUACAGCCUGAUUCCGAUGAUGAUCUUUUUUUUGAAGCUUAUUUGGAUGAUGAUUUUGAUAGUAAUAUAAAUUUAAAUCCAUCUGCGAUUACUGAAACUGAUGAUCAUGUUCCAAAAUCUACAGAAAUUAUUAGUACACCUGAGCAUAAAUCAGUUCCAAAAGUGGAUUCAACUCAGAAAAGAAAAUUGAAUGAAAUUCGCAAAACAGCUUGUGCUGAAAGCUUCAAAAAACUUAAAAAAUUUCAGGGUGACUCAAAACCAUCUGUGAGAAAAAAUUAA